CAGACAGAGAGAAUCACGAACAGCCUUCUGGUGACUGUUUUCUUUCAAAAGGAUAAAAAGAAAGACAAAGAAGCAGGAAAACAAUCCAGACGGAUCAUCCUUUUCUCCACAAACAGUGCUGAAAUCUUUUUCCACCUGUUCUUGCUUGAAAAGAUGGGCGUCACCUUUCCCUCACUGCUAUUGGUUUGUGUGCAUUUGGGAGCUAUGCUCAUUGGUCGAACCCACUGUCAGGGGGUGUGUCUUCGUGAUGGCCGGUCCAAGGCCACGCCCAGCCCAGAGCCACACUUGACAGAGUGCGCGCUGUACUCUGAUAACAGUUGCUGCACAGAGGAAGACAUUCUGGACAUGUCUCAUGUUCCCUCAGUCAGUAAUCAGAAUGAACCCUGGGACAAAUGUGGCCUACUGAGCUCAGUGUGUGAAGGAUUCCUGAAGCGCGUGUCCUGUUUUUACCGAUGCUCCCCUGAUGCUGCCCGCUGGCCUCAUCCUCACCGCCGCUCGUACAUCCAGGCUGUGCCGCUGUGCCACAGCUUCUGCCGUGACUGGUUUGAUGCCUGCAGGACAGAUUUAACGUGUGCUCGUAACUGGGCGAGAGAUCCCCGAGGACAGAAUUGUACUGGAACCUGUGUUCAGUAUCAGCAGAUGUACCAGCACGGUCGGGAUCUGUGUGAGAGCCUGUGGGGCGAUGCCUUCAUGACAGUGGAGGACGCACCAGACGAGCUCAGAGAGACUGGAGACGGUGGCGCCGAGGGUGACGGUGGUCAUGCCUGCGGCUGUUUGACCCUCAGUCCUUCAGAUAAGGAUGUGAUUGCCGCCCUCAGGGCCCAGCAGGAUGACCCAGAGGAACUGGAUACCACCAAAACCGGGACACCUCACUACCGCGCCCCUUGCAAGACCAAGCCGCUGCAGGCCAGGAGCAGCCGGAAGGGGAAUUCAGUGCUUCGUAAGCGCUCGGUCGUGGUGUACGACAUGGAGGGUAGUGGGAGUGGCUCGUAAGCAGGAAUGCUAGGUCGUCAGAUAUGCAGGCGAAAGUGCAUAACUCCUACAAUACAAAACAAGAAAUACAUUUCUGCAAUUCAGAUGGCGGUCUAACACUGUUCCUUUAACUAACUUCACCACACAAACCUAAGAUUCCAUGAACACAUUGUCACAUUACAGAUCACAC